AGGUGAACGUGAUUUAGCAGGUAAAUGUGACUUAGCAGGUAAACGUAACUCGACUCAAUCCACCUACCUAGGUAUAUAUUUCCAAAAAUUCGGCGCCUCCUCCAUAGCGCCAUCGGUGCCCGUCCGGCAGGCCGGGGGGCACCACGUAAGUCGCCCCGAUGGCUGGGUUGGAAUCCAGCCUCUGGUGUAACACGACCUUCCACACGACAAGGAUGUAGUGCAGGGCUCGGCCCGACGAACCUUUUGCUCCUUGGGAACUCUUUUUUGGGACCCGUCGGCAAGGGCUGAGCUCGAGCCGCGAUGAGGAAGAACCUUUUUUCCCCCUUUUUUUGAAAAGAAAGAGAGGGUCUAGAGAUAUCGAGUAAUUGGAAUAGUAGCUGGGCGCUUAGCAGAACUGUUUUGGUACUUGAGAGCGAGGAGAUCGAGCUUCGUGGUGGAUGGCUUUUUUCUUCUUUUGAUUACGAAAUGCGUAAGAGAUGGAUCGGCGGCGGGGUGUUCAAAAUCGAAGGCCUCUCCGCGCCAUGGAGAACCGCUGUGCUGCAAUGGAUAUUAGUCCAUGAUGUUCUCUAUCUUCAAACUCUUCUCACACUCUUCACCACCUCCACUCCUUCACGAAACGCAGCGCGACGACGCUCUACUAGUGCUGGAAGUGAGUGGCCUUCUGUAAUUUUGGUGGUUAUCAUCAAUGAAAGAUAAGGGGAUUGGACGCUAUCGUCCUCCAAACCAUAGCUCGUAGCUGUUGCCAAUUUUCAUCCGGGACUCCACCAC